GUUUCUGUUGAUAACCAGUGGGUUUGCUUUCAAUGUUUUCGCCUCUCUUUGUUUCUCUCUUUUCUCAACAUUUAUCGUUAUUUUUUAUUUGUACACAGAAUCAACAGUAAAGAAAGUGUAAAAACAGAUUUUAUUAUUUUUACCUUUCCAAUGAUUUCAUCUUUUCCACCGUCAACAUCAUUAUCAUCAUCUCUAUCAUCACCUUUACACUUACCAUUCCCAGUUGUUUAUCUUUAUUGUUAAUCUGUUUUCACUUGCAGUGCUUCCUUGUUGCUCACCUGCAAACUCAAAUUCAAUCAAUCAGCCAUUUAUUAUCAUUACUUGUUAUUAUUUGCUUCCAUCAUUAUCAUCAUUAUUGGUGAGAGCAACAAACACAAUAGCUAAAUUCAAUUUGGAUUUCAAUUUUUCGCCGCAAUCCUGAAAAUCGCUACUUUCAACUUUUGUGCAUUCCCGUGUUUCUAAAUGUGCUUUGUAAUGUGAUUCAUUCAUUUUUUCACCAUUUCUUUAUUACAUCAACACUAUUGGUAUUCACUUUGUUUCUAUUCAACCUCAUGAGAAUCAUAUCUGGUUGAAAGAAAAAAGGCUGAAUCAAGUGAAUUCAAAGAGAAAAAGAAAAUCAAAAUAAGAAGAAAAAAAAGAGCAAAAAGGCCACAAUUUUCCAGCUGAGAUGAUAUUAGGAUGAUGUUUUUAAUUUACACAAAUCACUCCUUAAAUUGUUCAAUCAUCAACAAAUGGAUAAAAAAGUGUUGCACUCAAUAAGGCACAGUUUUUAAACUGUGCGCUCCAAUUGAUUAAAUUGGGAAUGAAAAUUGACAUUAAUACAAGUUAUUGUUGUACAUUAUGGUUUCCAGUCUUGUUUUUCAUCCCAUGGAUACCUUCAGCUGCCUUUACAGGAUCAUCUUUAAUUACUCGUCAAGGUGAGCUUAAUAAAGUGGCUCUUAAAGGAUCUCACCUGGAAUUACCAUGUUCAACUGAAACCUUUACCUCUUACGAUGCCUUAUUUCAGUGGAGGAAAGAUGGUUCAUUGUUAAUUUCCUCUCGAAAUUCAUUGAUAAAACCUCAACAUGAAGUUGAUGAAAAGCCACACCAACAGGUUCCAUCGCCAGGUUUACCUGUGAAAACCUUUUUAACAACAAGUGAUCACCGGAUAUCAAUUUCAUCUAUCAAUGGUAGCCUUAAAAUAAAUAAUGUUACUUAUAAAGACGAAGGACUUUACCUUUGUGAAGCAUUCAAUUAUUUUGAAACAACUCUUCUUAAAAUAACUUUAUACGUAAUUGAACCUCAUCCUCGACACCAUCGUUAUCAUUCCCAUGUUCAACGACCUUAUCAUAGUCAAGAGGAAACUCCAGUGGCUUACCUACCAAUUCUGAGUUUAUCUCUUGUUAUCAGUUUUUUCCUUAUCAUCAAUUGUUAUAAGAAAGAAUCGUCACCACAUAUACCUGAUCUCACCGAGACAAGUCGCCUUUCCAGUUUUUUUUCUCGAACCUGCAAAGGACAUCAAUCCUUUCUCCUAACCAAAGCUACAACUGCAACCUUACCAACAACCAGCUUACCCUUGAUCAACAGCUCUAAAGCCGAGGGUAACAACGUCGAGACUAACAGUGAUAAUAAUAAUACAAGGGUGAAACAUUUCGAAGCCAAUUUUGAAGUAAAAAAGUUGACCUCUUCAUUGGCUGGCGAUUGUGAGGCAAACUCGAUUUGUCCGCAAAAUGUUUACAUGAAUGGAAAUGAAUGCCAAUAUGAACAAGUGCAAAAUGAAAUUGACCCAAGUCAACGAGUCCUACAAUCGACAAGACACUAUCAACCGCAAAGUCUUUUACCUUGCCAGUAUCAACAUGAUUACCAUUGUUACCAGCAAUGUCAACCUCGAUACUUGGCUAACUGUGAAAGUGAAUCAACCGUGAAAAGUCCGUCAUCUAGGUUAACCUCUUCUCUAUCAGAGCCCUCACUCUCGACCCACAAGGCAAUGGAAUCAAGUGCAUCACCUUUGGAGGCAACACCAAGUAAUGAUAAUCAUCAUAAACGCUAUUCUACCUCUGAAAUUUUUAUCAACUUUUGUUCCAAAAUGGAUUCGCUACACUCGGAUUCACCGCCACUUGCACCGGCAAUUGCAAGCAAAUCAUUUUGGUCAGAAUCGGUGAAAACAAAAUGUUCACCAACUUGCCUCUCUGAUAGAAGUAUCAUUAAUGAUUCUGAUUUAGAUAGUAAUAAUAAUAAUAAUAUUAAUAGUUGUAAUGUUGAUAAUAAUUUCAUUAACUCAAGUAACAGAAAGAUGACUAAUAUAACAAGAAAUCCGGUUUGCCUUGGAUACAAGAUAAAUGAGAAGUUUAUCAAUUGUGUUGAUGAAUCUUUUUUUGAACGAGAGUCAACUCAUUCAAGUGGCCCUUCAUCACCAACAUCAUUAUCAUCAUCGUUAACAUCAUCAAACUCCUUGGUUCCCAACUCAUCUUCUUCUCCUUCUUUUUCUUACGGUCAAACAAAUAAUAUCUUUUCAAAGCAAAGUGACCACCUCAAACCAAGGAUAACCUAUUUUGAUUCCAUUGUUGUUUAUCGCUCAGAUUCUGGUGAUAUCAGUGAUUUUAUCAGUUCCUUUGUGUCUUGAUGCUGAGAAUGGUGAUGAUGAUGAUAUAAUCAUGAGAAAGAGGCAAGAAAGCAGAAAAGAGAGAGAGAGAAAGAAAAAAGUAAUUUUCCUUUUUUUCAUAAAUAUAUUUAUUAAUAUUGUGCAAGUAUAAAAGCAACAACAGCAACACCAAACAAAAGAAGCAAAAAUCUUUACUCCUUUUCAAUCUCAAACUCAACAUUUAGUUUAUCCUUUCAUCAUUAUCAUCAUCAUCAUCUUCUUAAGUUGUGUAUAUAUCUAUUAUUAUAUUUCAUUUUACCAUUAAUAUUUCUUCUUUCUUUUUUUUCUUCCCUUCAUUUUUGGUUCAACAGUGAAAAGAAGAGAGUGAAAACAAGAAAAAAAAAUUGUGAAGCAACACCAAAAAUCCCAGCCUUAUAAUAACAACCAAUAACAAUAUAAUGCUGAUAAUGUUGAUAAUAAUGAGUAUAAUGAUUUAAUACCCAAAGACAUUGUCUGUGUCUCACUACGUAUAAGUGUGUGUUACUAAUAUGAACACAUAAAAAAAGAGCAACUUUAACAUCUUAAUUCAAUUUUGUUGAAAGCCAUUAAUUUCAAGCAACAACAGAAAAUAAAGAAAAGCAAAAUUUUCCAACAAAAGGUUGAAAAGUAUUAGCGGCCAAUUUAAAGAUUCAAUGGUCAAGACUAGCCGAAAAAAGUAAAAAAAUGUAAACCCAAAUAUCAAUAAACUAUUCCAGCCAAUUCGAACGAUUUUUUUGGCCUCUACUCGACUCUUAUAAAAUUAUGAAAUGAUUUUGAUUUGACUUCUAAUGUCAUCAGGAGCGAUUUAAGAGAAAUGACCUUGCAUGAUCUUGACCUCGGAAUAUGGAAAAUCUGAGAAAUUUUCAGAAAAAAAUUUCAGUCCGCCAAGUCAUCUAGGAGUCGAGUAAUAGCCAAAAGAAAUCGUACAAAUUGGAUGAAAUGCUCUGUAGAUGAAAAUGGCAAGGAUAAAAGGUUAGAAGAAAAUGAAGAUCUUUGGGAUAAAGUUGGAAGAUGAGCAUGAUGAAGGGAAAAGAAAUGAAAAUGUUAACCUGAAAUGUAAUGUUGGUGAACCCAAUGGCUUAAUCUUAAUGCCUUUUCAGUCUUUAUUUUCUGUUGGAUUCAACAAUUUUUUUCCUCUUCCAUCGACUUUUCUCUAAAAUAAAAUGGUCAUUUUUUCUCACCUUUUUCCUUUUGUGGUUCACCUUUAUUUUUACACCCAAUUCUCGAUACAUUGAGAAACUAAUGAAUCUGUGGAAAGAAAAAAAUGUGAACGAAAAUGUUUCCAAAUUUGUAACCUUUUUCUUUUCUUCUUUGAAUCCCCAAAAUCAAGUCCAACUUGAUCAAUUGAUGGGAUGAGAUUAGCUGGUAGAUCAGGUAAAGAGUUGAAUCCUUUGUUGCACUUUUAAAUUGAAUAGUUAGAUUCGGAAAGUUAUACCUUAUAUCAUGUUGUGCUUGGAAAUCAGUGCAAUGAUAGUAAAAGUUGUUGCUCAUUCUAAGCACAUAAUCGAGAAAAGUUGAGCUGAAAAGGAACAAGCAAAAGUUUUUCUUUCUGCAGUGAGAAUGAUGAGUCUAAUCAAGCUGGAAUGAUGACAAGUGAGAGGAUAUGAGAAAUGAAAGAAUUUGAUGAAGAAGAAGAAGAAAAUAGGCUUGAAAUGAGAACAAAAAACGGAAGAGAAAUCAGUCUGUUUAUCAUCAUUCAUCAAUUCCAGUUCUCCUUAUUACUAUCAUUAUCAUGAUUUCAACUCAUUUCUUUUCUCCAUUUUCUUAUUCUCUACUCAAUUCUUUCCAACACACAUUCAGUUUCUUCUUCUUCUUCUUCUUUUCCCAUCUUCUUUUUGUUCCCAAUGAUUAUUGAAUUGGAUUAAAUAAACUUACCAGUUUAGUGUAAAUUAAACGGAAACGUUGGAUAAGAAGCAAAGAACUAGACUUGAAUAAUGUUGCAAGUUUACCUGAGAAAGUAAUGUCAAAUAAAAGUCGAAAAGAAGAAGAAAAGAAAAGAAAAAAUAAGCAAAAGUUGCAUCGAAUGCAAGAUUUAUUUUACCUUCAACAUGACUGUUAAUUGCAUUGGGACAUUAAUGAUGAUCACUGAUUGGCUUUGGUUAACAUUGAUGAAGAAAGAAAAACUAAUUUAUUAUCUUUAUUCCGUUAUCAUGAACAACCCAUUAACUCAUUGUUUUCUCGUAUUUAUUUCAUUUUCGCUCUCAAUUUGUCCAACUUUGUUCAAAUGAAUUUCAUCUGAAGAGAAAAGGAGAAAAAGGAAAAAUUUUAAGUAAAACUGAAAAGAUUUCAAUCUCAACUUUGCUCUUGUUCACUUCACAUGCAAAGAUUGAUGCACUCUUCUUUUCUUGUUGAACCAAUUUUGACCUUUUCCUUGUUCCAACCUCAUUAGAUAAUUUGUUUGAAAUUUUGUGGUGAAAACAGAGAAAAAAAACGAUUUCUUCUCUCAUCAAUUUUCUCGUUUCUUCACCACCAAGCUCAACAUCAUCACCUUUUCAUUGCCAUCAUCAACCCUUCAAAUAAUUACUUAACAUCACUUUGCUUUAAUUAGAUGCUGUUGUUGCCAUCAAAAAGAUGAAAUAAGAAGAAGAAGAAGCAAAAAAAGUGCAAAUAAAAGCGCAAAAAAAGUUGAAUCUCAGAUGAAAUCGUCCGAACGUCAUGUUAACGUUAACCUUUCCAAAUGAAUAGUGUGCAAAGUUGGGCGAAGAAAAAAUGUUCACUUUUUUUCCAAGAUUCUUUGUUUCCUUAUUUCCUCCUGCAAGUCAUCUGUUUUUUUCUAAUUGCACAUUCAAUAGAAAAAAAAGAUUUUCCUGAACAAUGAAGAAGAAGCAAAAAAUGAGAUUCACUUUACGUUAAUGUUGACUCGACGAGGCUCACCAAUAUUGAAAGAUAAAAGUGUUUAUCAAAAGUUGAAACUGGUGAAAAAGUCCAUCACAUUAUGGCGCAUUAUCAUGUAAAUAAAUUAAUGUAAAUGUCAAUUUGUCAAAAUAUAACUUUGUUAAUAAAUAAUUGCUGAAUGUCAAGUUAAUGAUUGAUAAAUAAAUGAUGAUAAUUUUA